UGUGUAUGUGUUACUGUCUGUCAUAUUUGUGUUGAGUGAACUUGCGGACUGCGUCAUGAAAUGUGUCAAUAAAGUGUUCAAAAUACAGCAAGUAGAAAGUGAAGAAUUUACAUAUAUACAUACAUAUAUUCUGGAUAUCUAAAAUCAGCUUUUGAAAUUUGAGUUUAUUUGUUUUUCGCAUACUUUAUUGACAUCAUUUAGUUGAGCUUUAAAUUUAAACUGUGCACAAUCUUCAUAAUGCUUUACCUGCAUGGUCACAAUGUGUUUUAUUUGCAUUUUUGUUUUGCUAAUCAGUCUUCAAAUUUUCUAGCAAACUUUGCAAGAUUUUAUACUUAAAAAUCAAUCUUAAACUGUUAAUUUAUCCAUAGUAUUUGUUAAAACCAUGGGAAUUAAUCCAUUUUUGAUCCAUAUAUAUUGUAUUAUUUUUGGGACAUUAACAGUAAUAAGUAUCAAGUCGUGUUCAAGUCGGCAUUUCACAAUCAAACUCUUCCGGUUAAUGACCUCUAUCGGCUGUUACACAAAGCUAUAUAAUAGGUUCGUUCGAUAAAAUUAUGCAAUGAUGGACUUUCACUUAUUGGUUGUAAUUACCUGCAUCUUUCUCGCUUCUCUCUGCUCGCUUCUCUUCAUUAAUAGCAUUUUCCGACGUAAAACAUUCGAAGAUGUCGUUGCCGAAAAGAAAGCGUUUACUGACAAAAUCUACGCCCAGAGCAAAGUGGCUGCAAAGAAACCGAAAAAACAACAAACCACGAAGAAGGAUCUGAAGCGUGAGAAGAAAAAAUUACAACGUGAACAACAAAAAGACAAUACCGAGCAGGAGGACUCCGACGCACAGUCCGAACCAACAUCAGUGGAUGAUGAGCCGCAGGGUUUGUCUAAAUCUCAUGUUGAAUUCGAACCAGAUCCAGAAGUAAUUGUUGGCGCCACUCCAGAAGCCGUGCGACGCGCCAGCAUCGUUGAGCGUGAAAAAGAGAAUUUAACAGGCGGCAGUUCAAAACAGAAAUCGAAGAAAGAGAGGAAGAGCAAGACUUCGGGUAUUUUAGUAAACAAGAAUGAACCAGUUGUGGUGCGAGAGAAUUUGGUUAUUGAAGAACCAGCAAAUACUUUCGAAACGAAGCAACCGAAGGAUACAGUUGAGUUAAAAAAACACGAUAAGAAGGAUAAUAAUAAAAAAGAAAAGAAUGGUAAAAAAGACAAAAAAGAUGUGACAGUCGAAAAGCCAAUUACGUUAACUACUGAACAACAGCAGCCGCCAGUAGCCGAACCAGUUGUUCAACCGCAAGUUGCAAAGGAGCUUAAACAGCAGGAUGAGAAAGUACGUCACGGCUCUCCAAAGGCACAUGUUGCUAAUAAUGCCAGCGGAAACAAUAAAACAAAACAACAAAAUAAGAAGCAAAACAAAGAGACUGCUGCCACCAAAGAGCUUGUACUUGCACUUGAUAAACUUUCAGAUUCAGAUACUAUUGGCGUUUCAUUACUCAUGAAUCUCUUCCGCCGCGCUGAACUUAAUCGUUCCGAGAUACAAAUACUUAUCGAUUAUCUGUUGAAUAAGCAACAGGAUACACCUGCAACUCAUUCGGAAUGGUCUGACGAUAUAUGCCAGAAAUUAAAACGCCAAUUGGAAGAGAAGGAGAAGGCUUUGGCCGAGGAACAAGAAGCUUCCAUAGGUAUUCAAGCUAAAUUGCGUGAUUUACGUACAGAGAUCAAUGCAGAACGCGCCCAAUUGAAUGCCACUGUCAAAAAUUAUGUUGAAACGAUUAAUUCAAAAGAACAACAGAUUGCUUCACUCAAUCAGGACAUACAAGCGCUCAACGAUAAGUUCGCGCAGGAGCGUAAGCAAUUCCAGGCCAAACUUUUACUUGAAAAACAAAACGGUUCCCAAGAUUUGUUCGCACAAUUGCAACGCUUACAAUGCGAAUCGACGCACAAGGAUAAGUGUAUUAACGAUCUAACCUGCUUGGUUAACGCCUGUAAUCAGGCGAAUGAAGAGCUAAAACAACAAAUAAGUAUCCUCGAACAGCAACGUGAAGAGCUCGAACAAAUCUCGAAUAAUCGAAUUGUAGAAAUCGAAAAAUCGAAAACACUUGAAAUCGAAAACGCUGAACGGCAAUUGGAAUUACAUAACUUACAAAAUGCGCAAGAAUCAAUAAAAGCCGAUUUGACUCAAGUACGGCAAGAUCUUGAGGCACGAAACACCGAUUUGGUUGAGAAGCAGAAUCAGAUAGCCGCUUUGCAAGCUAAAAAUAACGAGUUGCUACAACAAUUGGCCGGCGUAAAUAAUCAUGCAGCGGAACAAACUAAGGAACAAUCUGGUUUGCAGGCCACAUACGAUGUACUCAAGCUACAAUUGGCUGAGAAAGAGGAGCAAUUCUCGGAAUUUAAUACUAAGCAUGCUUCAUUGUUAAAACAGUUGAGCUGUUUAGAAGCGCAAACGCAACUUAAUGCACAAACUAAUAAUGAUUUGCAAAAGUUGGUUCAGUCACUGCAGCAAGAUAUCGGUAGGAAGCACCAGCAACUGCAACAAGUCGAACAGACUGUGGACAAAUUAAACCUACGCGAAAAGGAGUUACUGCAACAACUCCAGGAGCAAAAGGAAAAGAACGAUGAUUUGCGUAAGAAAAACUGGAAGUUGGUUGAAGCUAUACAAAGUUGUGAAACAACAGCUAGACAAAGUAAAGCGCCUACGAGCGUAAAUGCAAGCUUAGUUCAACAGCAGCAAAUUUUCACAGCUUCGCAAAAACAAACUUCCGCCCCAGCCAAUACCACAACAGUUUCCGCUAAUGACGAGAAACAUGUGCGUGAAAUAUUCCAGCGUCUGUAUCCAGAGGCAGUUAAAGCUUGUGCCAGCACCGCGCUUAGUGUAUCUUUUGAGCAGUGGGUGGAACAGGUUUUGGCCACACAGUUGAAAUUAGCUGCAGUCAAUAAAGUAACUAGCAGCAGUAGUAACAAAUCAACACAAUCUAAUAGCAACAGUAGCAGCAGUAAUCACACCUCUUCAAGCCACACAAAUAACAAUUCACAUAAUGAUAACUUAAUCAAUAGCAAUAAUCGUAUUAGUAGCAACAGUAGUGGUGAUGGUGGAAGUAGUGGUAAUGACAAUGAUGUGGAUGCAGUUGAACUGCGUCUGCAAAAUAGUCAACUGCGCGCGAAGGUGGAUGAGUUAACUAAGCUUGUUAAGAAGACUAGUAACACAUUGUCAGCUCUUGAAGGGCAUGCGCUGCAAGAGCACGAGAAAUGGCAAAGCAUUUUAUUAGCAAAGGAUGAGGAAAUUUCUAGAUUGCAGCACUCAAAUGGAGCGGAGGGCAUUUAAUGUCGCAUCAUUGGAGUGUGUUUAGCGUUAGAAAAAUGCAAUUAAAAUGUAAUGCCUUCCAAAAUACAACAAAGCGUGAACAAUAUAUGAUACAACAGCCAACUACUUACAUAGAAAAGCAGACAGUAACCAUAAAAGUGGAAUAUAAUGACUGGCAUAACAAAAUAUGCCAAUUGCAAGCAUAUUUCUCACAGGAGCUUACAAAAGUAAAAUUAUAAGAAAAUACUUGCAGACCUAUCAGCAAACCAGAAUGUUCGUAAGCAUUAAUUUGCACAAUAAGCGAUGAAAAAGUAGCAAAAAACAAACAGCAGCAACAUGAAUCAUUCUAAAAUUAUGAUACAGUAUAGUAGGAGAUAAAAACUUAAAGAUAUUAAAAACCAUAAAGUUAAAUUUAAAAAAACAAACCAAUUAUGCGUGAAUAAAUGUGAAACAAAAAAAUAGCAAAAAAUAUAGAUUUUAGUAUAAGCCUAAAACUGUGCAAUGUUUGAUGAUUGAUAUGCAAAACGAAAGCAACAAAGGUAGAAAAUGAUAAUGAUUAAAAGUAAAUUGAUACAGCAAAUUACACUGCAGUGUAAUUAUGAAAUGCAAGAAUUAUAUAACCAAUAACAAGCUAGCAGUACCGAUUAUGGGAUGGAUGUAGGAUAGAAAAACGAAGAAUAUGUAAUGCUCUGCAAAGCUUAAUAGCAUUAUGCUGUUUGUGUUCCAUGAAACGUCUUUGCAUUUAUACAUACAAAUACAUGAAAAUACAUAAAUACAUACACAUAACCAAUUAAUGUUAUUUUAUACACCACAAAAGUAUGAACUGUAGACGUUAUAAUAGUAUUUGAAAGUUGCUUAUUGCAAGCAAUCUCAUUGGUGAUUGUGUUCGAAAAAUGCAUUGUAACUUUUCACACAUUCAGUUUAUAAGCAGCAACAACACUGCACAACGUAGAAAUUGCUUAAGGACACACAGUGCUUAGUUAAAAUAUAAUAAACAUAAAUUUUAACUAUAGUCUUGAGUUUGCUUCGAAAACGUUAGGAAAUAGUUGAAAUCAUUUAAGUUGUCCAAACAUUGAUAAUGCUCAUGUGGCAAUGUGGAAUGUGAAGAAAUCAUACUUUUCGUUAAAUAAAUCGAUUUUUCUCUUAUGUAUCCUAAGUAGCAGUUUUAAUGCUAUAAAUUUUAAUAAAAAGUAUAGAAACAUGAGAACGAGUUAAGGGGUUAGGUGUAGUCAGAUACAUGAAAAAUAACUUUUCCACCUCCGGGAUCAGCAAAGUGUUUUCCAGAUUUUCAUGAAAAAACUAACAGUUAAGUGUGUAUUAAAAAUCGAAAUAAAAAAAAUAUAUUAUAUAUACAUACAUUUGUAUAUCCUUGGACCAGACACUAAUUUUUCAUGUUUUCAUAUGAAUCUGUAUAAAUCAGAUUUAAAUCUACUGAGCGUUUUCAAAUUACAGCGCAUUUGAAAUUUUAUGUACACCCGAGAAGCCUUACCGAAUAACUCGAAAAAUGCUUGUCGGACUUACAUCAAAUUUUCAGAGAAUAUUUAUAUGAUAUUAUAUUUUAUGCAAAAGAAAAUUGAUUUUUUGAUAACUCUGUCUACCCCUAACCUCUUAAUAAACAUAUGAAUCCGUACAAAUAAUUUUUAAUAUUGAUUUUUUUUUCCACGUGUGACACUAUUAAAUUCUAAAUCGAUAUCAAAGCGCCAAAUCAUUUAAUUGUAUCAUAAUUCAAUGGAUAUUGAAGUAUCGAAUAUAGUGAAAUAUAUAAUAUCUAACGAAUAGAAUGUUUCUUUGUCUCUCUUUUGUUUUUAAAAUCUAGGCUUGAAAAAACAAUGCGAAGAACGAGAAAAUAAAACUGUUGUUGGCUUAAUCAUAGUUUCUAUUCAAGAGUUAAAACCAAUAAAGUCACUAAAGUAAUGAAUCAAAUAAAGUAAUAUUCUGCUUCGUUAUAGCUAACAUAAAGAUGUAAA